AUAAUUGCAACAGAUGUCGCUAGGUCAAAAUAUAUCUUUUCCUGUAAAUGAUAUAAAUCCGCUCCACUUUAUAAAUGAGCUGUUCUUCAGCGAACGAGGAGCAAUAAUUUUUUAGAAUUUUCAACUAGAAACGAAAUCUUUGAAAAAUGAACUUCUUUAAGUCUUUUAUGAUACUUGCUGUUGUAUUCGUCGUAGUUUCUGCUGCAAUGCCCUCUAAUGCUGGAGAUGAAAGCCAACUAGAAAACUCUGAAAUGAAGCAAAUGGAGAGAGCGAACCCUUGCGCUCAGAAAGGGGACAAAUGCCACGCUUUCUCUGAGGAGAAAAUUAGAUGCUGUGAAGGUACUCUUUGCAAGUGCACAAAUGGAGGUUGGAAUUGCACUUGCCAAUAAUGGAUGUAACAUUCCCAGCCAUGAAAUGUUCACAUGUUAAAUAACUUCUGACUUCAGGCUUCUGACAAUAAAAUGAUUGGAUAAUAUAA